UUCUCUUUUCUACUAAUGUUGAAUCAAGUUAAUCUUCCUGCAAAUAUCUACCAUUUGAUCCUCUCUCAUGCUUAUUCUACCGAGAAUGAAGAGAUCAUUGGCAUGUUGAUUGGUUACUGGGAAACAAUACCGAGCAAGAACCCUUACAACCCAUCAAAAGAAGUAGCUCAGGUAAAGCAUAUUUCUUUUCUCACUCGGAUCGAUAAACGCAAAGACCGUGUGGAAAUCGCUCCUGAGUGUUUACAUCUCGCUGUAUUGGAAGCGGAAGAGUUUAGUGAAAGUACAGGUACUCCCAUGGGCGUCAUUGGCUGGUAUCAUAGUCAUCCCCAUAUCACUGUCUUUCCAUCGCAUGUCGAUGUUAGGACACAGUUAUCACAGCAAAUGAUGGAUGAUCGAUUCUUUGGGAUCAUUGUAUCUUGUUUUGACUCUCACACAGACAAUACAGAAAAGUUGCAGAUUACAUGCUUUCAAUCCGAAGAAAAAAACGGCACACCUACAAAAUUGAACAUUCCUUUACUCAUUGUACCCACACCCUCAAUCUUGCACGACCUCUAUGCUAAAUUACCACAACAUAUGCAUGAGGAACACAAGAAGGAGUAUAUAGCAUCCAAUGGUCAUAUCAGGUACGAUUUACGAUUUGCAAAAAGUGAUCAACAAGAGAAAUCUUUACCGAAUGUGAUGACCCAGUUAUAUAACGCGGGCGUGUAUGGUCAAUUAACGACCAGUCUCAUCGAUCAAAUGGUGAUACCUGCUACACAUGCACUGGAUUUAAAAGCUAUUGCACUUGAUAAAGAGAUUCAACACUUGUUGUCAACCACGUCAUCUCAGGAUUUGAUAGAGCUGGAACAACUUUAAUUUUUUUUUUUUUAAAAAAAUUCUUCAAUCUUUUUUCAUUCAUUAAUAAAAAAGAGGAAUGAACUUGUCGGAAAGUUCAACU